AUGGGCGCCUAUCUCUAUGGGCGCCUAUCUCUAGGCGGGCCUAUCUCUAUGGGCGCCUAUCUUUAUGGGCGCCUAUCUCUAGGGGCGCCUAUCUCUAUGGGCGCCUAUCUCUAUGGGCGCCUAUCUCUAUGGGGGCGCCUAUCUCUAUGGGCGCCUAUCUCUAUGGGCGCCUAUCUCUAUGGGCGCCUAUCUCUAGGGGCGCCUAUCUCUAUGGGCGCCUAUCUCUAUGGGCGCCUAUCUCUAGGGGCGCCUAUCUCUAUGGGCGCCUAUCUCUAUGGGCGCCUAUCUCUAUGGGCGCCUAUCUCUAUGGGCGCCUAUCUCUUUGGCCGCCUAUCUCUAUGGGCGCCUAUCUCUAGGGGCGCCUAUCUCUAUGGGCGCCUAACUCUAGGGGCGCCUAUCUCUAUGGGCGCCUAUCUCUAUGGGCGCCUAUCUCUAUGGGCGCCUAUCUCUAGGGGCGCCUAUCUCUAG